UCCCUUAUUUGGGAGGUGAAGGGAGCAGGAGCAUUGUUGUGGGAGUGCAGGAUGUCCUGAGGAAGAAGAAGAGAAAGAAGAGGAAGAGGUCAGCGUUCCACUGCAGGGCGAUGGAAUCUCACACACACUGCGAGUCGCAGAGAACCUGAGGAACUUUUAGCUUUACCCUCUUGGCUCGAGAGCCGAACACUCUGUGGUGUGUGUGUGUGUGUGUGUGUGUGUGUGUGUGAGUGAGUCGUCAUGGGGAAGUGAAAAGUGGAAAAGCUGAAGUUGGGGUUUAUUUAUUCCUCUGUGUGAGUCAGGAAGAUCAGACUGGAGCUGGAGGACGUGCCGAGCGUUUCCCCUCGCGCUCCGGAGCUUUCGUUUCUCACAUCACCGCCGCCGCCGCCAUCCUUAUCGCCACCGCCAUCGCUGUCGCCGCCAUCGCUGUCGCCACCAUCGCUACGGAUUUAUAUGUAAUUUAAACUGGUGUGUGAUCUCACACUGCGCAGAGGGGAAGUGGAGCUCGAGGACGACGCCGUGACUGUACCGCUGGAGAAUCUGAACCGCUUCAGUCUGUGUUUCCUGAGGAUCGAGGAGGACUGAAGUUAAAGGAAGUGAGCGCGGAGAGACAGAGCGACGUGUGUCGCGAGAUUUACACGUCCAUCGACACGUUGGCGUUCACCUUCGGCAAUGUAGUGUCUGAUUUCCUUAUGGGAGAUGUGGACAGCGGCUCCGGAGUGGAGCUCUCCCAGACCAGGAGGAGCAGAUCGUUUCAGAACCUGACUGCAGAUUCAGGAGAACACGAAGAGCUGGCAGACUCUGAGCUCUCCCCUGUACAGAGAGUGGACCGGGCCCUGCAGCAGAAUGACAGUGGGGUGGAGUCAGCUCUGCUGUACGCCAAGGCCUGGUCCAAAUACGCCAGAGACGUGAUGAGCUGGGUGGAGAAACGCCUCGGGCUGGAUAUGGAGUGUGCUAAAGGGUUUGCUAGGAUGGCCGAAUCAGCGAAAGCCGUCGCAGCUCAGCAGGACUACAUGCCCUUCAGAGGGGUUUAUGUGUCUGCGUUUGAGAAUGAGCUGGACUACAGUCACUCUCUCCUCCAGACGGCUACGUCUCUCCAAACCAACAAGUUCAUGCAGCCGCUGGUGGCGCGUAAGAACGAGCUGGACAAACUGAGGAAGGAUUUAAAGGAGCAGUGGCACAGGGAGCAGAAGAAAAUGAGUGAAGCUGACAGUGCAGUGCGUAAGGCUCAACUUCUGCAGACCCAGCGCAAGGACGAGUACGAGAAGGCUCGCGGCGCUCACGGCCGAACGGGAGACGAGCACACACACACUCACACACACACGGGAGGGAGGACGCAGGAGAGGAAGAGGAAGGUGGAGGAAGAGGCACUGCAGAAGGCUCAGGAACACUACAGAGUGUGUGUCGCUGACGCAGAAGCCAAAAACCUCAGUCUGACCAAAACCAAGUAUGAGAUCCUGACUCAGCUCCGAGAGAUCAUCUUCCAGUGUGACCUCACCCUCAAAGCUGUGACAGUGAACUGGUUCCAGAUGCUGCACAAUCAGCUGGUGUCGGUUCCGGGUCAGUACCAGACGCUGUGUGAGCAGGUGAAGCAGUACGAGCCCGGUCAGUGUUACUCGGAGUUUGUACACAGUUUACCCAAAGAGCGGGUGUGGCUAGAGGCGCUGUCUCAGGAGCACGCCGGCCCGUCCAGGACAGGCAUGACCUUCCACAAGAGAUCACAGAGCAGCACACACUCGUCUCAGGGGAGCCUGUCUCAGCUCUCUACUGACGACGUCAACAGUCCCCUUCAUAAGCGUCUCAGCAAGAUGGACGAACCUUCGGUCAACAGCAGCACCACCGACCUCCACGCUCUGAAGGGGGGGAUGUGCAGUGACUCAGAGAGUGCAGGAGGAAGCAGUGAGUCUCGGUCUGUGGAUUCUCCCACUGCCAGUCCAGGGGAUUUUAAGCGCAGGCUUCCCAGAACUCCGUCCACAGGCACCAUGUCAUCUGCUGAUGAUUUGGAUGAAAGAGAACCUCCUUCACCCUCAGACAACGGUCUGAUUGAGAUGGUGCCAGAGACGACGAAUUCUCCCGGUCCGUUCAGAAACACUCAGAUGUCCAAAGCGGCUCACACACACAAGCUGAGGAAACUGCGCGCUCCGUCUAAAUGCAGGGAGUGUGACAGCCUGGUGGUGUUCCACGGAGCUGAGUGUGAGGAGUGUUCCUUAGCGUGCCAUAAGAAGUGUCUGGAGACCCUGGCGAUUCAGUGUGGCCAUAAGAAGCUUCAGGGGAGGCUGCACUUAUUCGGCAUCGAUUUCUCUCAGGCAGCCAAGAACAGCGCAGACGGCGUUCCCUUCAUCAUCAGGAAGUGCACUUCAGAGAUCGAGAGCCGCGCCCUUAACAUCAAGGGAAUUUAUCGUUUAAAUGGAGCGAAGUCUCGAGUGGAGAAACUCUGCCAGGCGUUUGAGAACGGAAAGGACCUGGUGGAGCUGUCUGACCUGUACCCACACGACAUCAGCAACGUGCUCAAACUCUACCUGAGACAGCUGCCUGAGCCGUUGAUCCUGUACAGGUAUUAUAAUGAGAUCAUCGGCCUGGGUAAAGAAGCUCAGAGUAUCAGGGCAGGAAACACACACUCGCCCAGCCUCGGCAUCGAGCUCAACCGAGUCGUCUUCAAAAUACGAGACCUGCUGAGACACCUUCCUCCUGCACACUACAGAACCCUGCACUUCCUCAUCACUCACCUGCACAGAGUGUCCGAGCAUGCAGAGGAGAAUAAGAUGGACGCGAGGAACCUGGGCAUCAUCUUCGGGCCGACGCUGAUCAAACCGCGGCAGCUGGACGCGGAUGUGUCUCUGUCCUCCCUGGUGGACUACCCCUACCAGGCCCUGAUGGUGGAGCUGCUCAUUCAACACCACCGCAAGAUCUUUGAUGGGCAGCUAAGCCCCGCCCCCACCACCAACCUGCCACUCAGCCACUGCUCACAGUCUCUUCUGGACCUCAAGGAGAGCUCUAAAUCCCAUAAGAGACUCUCGUCUGUGCUGCCCUCCUCACACUCGGGGGAUGAAGUGAGGGACGUGCAGGCAGCGAGUCGACAUGAGGGGAGACAGGACACAGCCGCUGACAGUCCAGAUGGUGUUAAUGGUGUCGGAUCGCCGUUAACUGUCACUCGCCCCAGUAGCACUUCAAAUGCGCCGCAGGUGAAGCUCCGCCCCCCACGGACCCACUACCUGUCCCGCCCCGUGAGUUUACCCAUAGACCGCCUGCUGACCGAACGCACCACGGCCGAGCGUGAGAACGUGGGCGGGGCCAUCGCGGAGAGUCCGGAGGCGGAGAAAGCCGAGAGCCGUCCCUACCGCAGCCCGUUUGUCCACACGCACACGCUGAGACGCACCUGGGACAAGCAGUACCGCCAUUACGACGUCACGCCUCGCACUGCCAUGAUUGUCGCCAACCUCCCUUCCUCGGGUGCAGUGGGUGGAGCCAAAACGGACACAGCCAAACCCGACGGGUCCAAAACGCCCCCCAUCGAACCCCCCCCGAGCGGCGUUUCCUCUCAGCACGUUUCCUACGCCGCUGCCGUGCGUCCCUUUCGGACUUUGAGACGAGACAGCGGAACGGGCGAUAAGGACGUCCCGAUCGCGUUCAGAGCGCCACGGAUGCUCCAGCCGCCGGCCGGAACGUUCUACAGGCCGCCGCACGUCCACGUGAGAACGCCAGACACGGAGAAGAACGUUAACGUUUCCCCGACCACCACCGUGACGACGCUGUCCGUCACUCUAGCGGCACCGCUAGCCACGUUAAACGUGUGUCCAACCUCGGCUGCGCUGUCGGUCACGCCCACAUCGACACCAACAGGAAGCGACACGCCUGGUAAACAGGAAGUGCCGUCGGAGUCCGAGUCGGACGACGUGAGUGAGAAUAAAACGGCGUAUCAGAGACUGAAGGAGAGCCAGCACUCACACAGAGAGGCACGCUUCGUAUAAACACACACUCCUCACUGUUCACCUGGACACACACACACACACACACUCCUGGUUUUACAGACGUGUAUCUCUGGGAUCAGAUCCGUCGAAUUAGAGAAACUCCAGGUGAGGUUUGUGUGGGGGAGGGGCGCAAAAAACACAAGUUUAACCGUCUAGACCAGGGGUAAAAGGGCGGGGUGGAGACGCAGCACCCCGGGGGGUUUCAGGGCAGUUCACGAAAUUCCAGCAUAGGUACAAACAACACACAGGUAAUGGUCAUGUGACUAAUGAUCCACCCUGGACACGCCCCCUACAAGCACUUUGAAUAAAGAUCAGAACAACCUGUGUGUGUGUGUGUGUGUGUGUGUGUGUGUUAAAAUGAGGUGUGUGUAGUGCACAUGGAAUGUGUGUUUGUGUAAGUUUACAGCGUGCACUGGUUCAUCAAACUUGGUUUAAACUGGUUUAAACUGGACUGCUGAUGUGGCCAUGUGUAAAGCCCUUUUGGGCCACGCCCACUUCAGAUUUAAAUCCAGUACAGAUUGUGUUAUGCUGUUACACAGUGUGUAUACACCGUGCUCCCUCACACACCCAACCCUUUGCUCAGAACAUUCUCCCUCCCUCUCUAACACACACACACACACACUUUAAACCUGUGUCUGAGCCACACCCCCUGAACUCCAGUGUGUGUGUGUGUAUAUGCACUCCAGCUGUGUCCCAAAUGCCUUUACCUGAAUGAGCCUUUACAGGGACACACCUUUCUCUCUCCCUCCCUCCCUCUUUCUCUCUCUCCCCCUUUUUUCACUAAACCUUUUGCCUUUUUUUCAUAAUAUAUGAACUAUUUUUUUUAAUGCAUUUUUUUUGUAAAAUAAGGGACCAUUAAGUCAAGUGUGUGUGUCUCUCUCUCUCCGCCUCUCUCCCUCCCUCACCCUCUACCCCCCCCUCUCUCUCUUUCUCUCUCUUUCACACACACACACAUGCACACACUUGAGUGAACAGUAAGUGUGUGAGUGAUGCUGGUGAGUUGCUCCCUGAUCAGCACCCUGAGAUUUAUUAUUAUUAUUAUUAUUUUAUUUUUUAUAUAAAAUGAGAAAUAUGAUUUAAAAUAUUUUAACUGGAAAUGUUCGUUACAUUCAGAUGUUUGUCUGAGGUGUGUGUGUGUGUGUGUGUGUGUGUGUGUGAGGUGUGUGUGUGUACAGUGAACGCCUGUGUACAGUUGGAGGAAAUGUGUAGUUUUAAUGUUAUGCAGAUUUAUUCCUGAUGCACUUACUGUAUUAUGCCUGAAUGUGUGCAAAUGUAAAAUAUAUAAUUAGUGUAUUUGCAUAAAGUCACAUGUGAGUUUAUUAUUGUCAUCAUUUU